GAAGGGCGCCGAGAUCGUCCCUUCCCUGCGGAAAGAAGGACGAAGCCCGGUCCCUCCUCCUCCCGCCGCUGCGCAAGGGGAGAAGCGCCGAGCCCCGCCCGCCUUUUCCUUCCCGGACGGCCAAGGCAGCGUCGAGCGCGGGGCCGGGCGCCUCCUGCCUUCCUCCUCGCCAGGGAUGCCAAGCGGGGCAUGAGCCUUCCCGGGCGCCUCGGGGGAUGGCUUUCCAGGCGGCCGUGCUUGGCUGCUGCUGCCUCUGGCCGCUGCUCGCUUUCCCCCUUGCCCAAGGGAUUGACUGCAAGCCUGGUUGCCACCCACAGUAUGGAUUUUGCGAAGUUUCUGGUGAAUGCAGGUGUCAACCUGGCUGGCAAGGGCCUCUCUGUGAUCGGUGCACCCCUUUCCCAGGUUGCCAUCAUGGAACCUGUGCCAAACCGUGGCAGUGUAUCUGUGAUGAAGGAUGGCUCGGCAGCAUUUGUGACACAGCUAUUCAUCCGUGCUCUUCAAAACCUUGUAUGAAUAACUCAACUUGCAUAGAAACCGGUGAGGGCAGUGGAUACAUUUGUCUGUGCGGUCAAGGAUACGUUGGGAAAAACUGCAACGCAAAAAAGGGGCCCUGUAUAGUUAACAGCUCUCUGUGCAAGAAUGGAGGCACCUGUAUGGACGACAACGGCUUUGCACCCAGUGCCUCAUGCCUCUGCCUUCCUGGGUUUACUGGGAUGUUUUGUGAAAUAGAGGCUGAUGCCUGCGAGCCAAACCCCUGUCAAAAUGGAGGAAGGUGUACCAAUAUCACUGGAGGCUUCAGCUGUCAGUGCCCCUCUGGGUAUGGAGGCGUGUUCUGCAGCAGGCAAUUCUGUGUCAGCAACCCAUGCACAAAUGGCGGGACGUGUCAUGAACACCCCGAAGGAGGUUUUGAAUGCAUUUGCAAGCCGCAGUUUGCUGGGAUCACUUGUGCUUCUCACAAUAGAAAUACGAGUGUGCAGGCUAAACACAGGCAGAAUCACCAUUUGCACGCAAAAGGUUCCCACAGACCGCUUCAUUCACAGGAACAAGAUGUCCUGACCAUAAGAGAGACUGUUGAAAACCGGCACUCCUUGCUCAACAAGAGCCAGGUUAUUUGCUUCAUUGUCCUGGGCUUGCUAACGUGUCUCAUUGUGCUGGGAACAGCAGGGAUUGUUUUUUUUUCCAAAUUUGAAAUGUGGCUAGCAAAUGCCCGAUACACCCACCUCGUGCGUAAGGAGAGGGAUUGUUAUCUGAAGGCCAACGAGAGAGAGAACCGUUCGGUGAACAUCAUCUUCCCCGAGAAGAUCAAACUGACUGACUACUCUUAAGAACUAUACAGCCAUCUAAUUUUCACCCCAGGUUUUCUGUUUAACCUCAGCCUGUCAAGAUGGUAUUGUUCUUAUCAUUGCAGCGGGGUGGGCUGGCUUUUCAUUUUUGCUCAUGGAAACAUUUGUCGGCUUGGGGGACCAAUUGACAAACAAGGAACAGGUUGUAGUUGUGUCUCCUAGAGAAUUACUCUGUUCCAAAAAUUGUCUAAAAAGAGGUCAAAAUCAUAUUGGGCUGGAUCCAGAUCAGCGUUUUCAUGGGCAUAAGGAUUUCCGUCUAGAGAGAGUAUUGCUUUUGUGACUCCCACCUUCCAUGACAGUUCAUGAUAUUCCUUGAAAUCUUGCCCCUAGCAGAGAGCCCCCCCCAGAACAGAAUUUGAGGGGUCAUUUGGGGCUGCUGAAGGAGGGGGGAGGCAUGGAAAUUAUGCUGCAUGGGCACAAGUCCUUCUGCAAGAGGAACUGGAUCGAACCCCUUGUAAGCAAACGGAUCUUAAUUUUCUUUUUUUUAAAUGAAAAAAAGCCAGGUGAACCUUUGUAAAAUAACUCAAAUGUUGUAAUGAUACCAUGUAGCAUGUUUGGCCAUUGUGGUCCCUUGAUGUCACUUCCCAGUGCUUAUUUUUAAUAAACUGUGAUUAAGGGCUA